AGAUAUUUAGACAAUGAUACCCGGAUGAAGAAGAAAAUGACAAAGAAGAAAAGGUGAACGAAGGUGGACGAAUUUUAUAACUCACAUAGAAUAAUAAUAUCAUAUAUUCUGAUUUUGCACCAUCUGUGGACAUGGCGCCUGUGAAAGAUGAGAUAAACUUGAGGUCUAUCACCUUUGAUAAAGUCACCUUUCCUGAUAUACACACUGGCUAUAGUCCGUUACAGAUUGCAUGUAUCCAUGGCAACCAUGACAUAAUCAUGUCAAUCCUCGCUUGCAGCCCUAACAGGCUUGAUAUCCACAUCGCACUUUCAGCUCCAGUACAAGAUACUCAAUCCAAGCUGCAUGGGCAACCAACUGCUGCAAUACUACAGAACUCCUUUGAAAAGGAAACAAAACAGAAGCAGGGGGCAUGUAAAAAUCUAACUUUCUUAGAACAAAUUUUGGAACAUCACAAUAAAGUUAGUAAUGACUUAAAAAAGCUGGUGGCCAGGCAUGGUGACCUCAGACAAAUCAAAAAGUUUCUCUCACUUGGGAUUGAUAUUAACCAACCAUCGACUGAUAAAGAUGAUGCAGGGACCACUUUUUGCAUGCUAGCUGCAGCAUCUAACACUCGGCAAGUUUUGGAGUACCUAAUACAGGCGGGGUGCAACAUUCAUGCUCAUGAGCGCCAUGGUAAUACAGCCCUUCACUUUGCUGCAUCAACUGGGAAUACAGAGAAUGCCAGAUGUCUACUGUUAAAAGGUGCAGCUGUUGACCAAGAGACGACCUGGGGUCGAACACCUCUACACGUUGCGGCAAAGAAUGGAAAUCUUGAGGCGGUGAAGCUACUUUUGGAUUGGGGAGCAAAAAUCGACUCCACCACGGUAAACCAAGACACAGCUCUUAUUCUAGCAGCUGAAAAGGGACAUAUAGAUGUCGUUGAGUAUCUACUUCAAAAGAGUAGCUUUGUGAAUCAGCCAAACUUAGCUGGGUGUACAGCGCUGCAUUUCGUGGCCAAGCAAGGUCAUCUUGGGGUCGCACGGUUGCUGAUCCAAAAUGGGAGUAGUCUAAAUGCAGUAGACAAAGCAGAGCACCAGACUCCGUUGUUUCCAGCAUCGGGAAUGCCAGGGAAUAAACAAAUGGUUCAGCUUUUACUUGAACAAGGUAGUGAGUGCCACCUGAGGGACAAAAGGGGGAGAACGCCUUUGCAUUUUGCUGGUGACAGAGAAAUAGCUCAACUCCUUGUGCAGUAUCGCAGUGAUCCGGAAUUGCGUGAUUAUUACACAGGCUCAACUCCUAUAUUCCAUGCCGCGGCUAACGGUAUAACCGAUGUGGUAGACUUUCUCAUUGAUCAGGGUUUCAAUGGGGAGCAUGCCAAGAACAGCUUGGGUGAGAAUCCGCUUCAUGAUGUUGCACGCAGUGGGCAUGUGAUUGUUGCAGAGAGGCUGAUCCAACAGGGCUGUGAUGUUAACUUGAAGGCGAUGCUAGGAGGGGUGACACCUCUUAUCCUAGCUGCAUUGGCUGGUAAGCAGGAGAUGAUUGAAUGUCUGAUAGAGCAUGGUGCCAUCGUAAAUGACACUGAUAACUGGAGGUCGACGGCCUUGCACAAGGCUGUUGAGUGGAGUUCUGGGUUAGAUACUGUCAAGAGUUUGUUGCGGCAUGGGGCUGAUGUGAAUGCUAGGGAUGGCCAGGAUGAAACUCCAGCUAAUGUUGCUCUGCGAUUAGGGAAAACGGACGUUUACCAGUUAUUGGUGCAGCACAAAGCAGUACCAUCACAGUGACAUCAAACUGAUGGUAAAAUUUUUAAUGGGGCUUUUGUUAGUGCAAGGGAUGGUCAGGGUGAAACACUCACAUUGAUCUGUCGCACUGCGAUUAGGGAACACUGACGUUUACCACCUUUGGAAGGCAAUUACCAUCAUAGUGACAUCAAAUUGAUGGGACAUUUUACUGCAGUGCAAGGGGUGGCGAGGGUGAAACACCUAUUGAUCUGUCACACUAGGGAAACAGACGAAUCGAUGUAUCAGUCAUUGAUGCUGCACAAAGCUAAUGCCAUCACAGUAACUCCCAACUUAUACGAUACUGGGUUGUUUAUUAUAACCUGCGCUUAAGAUUAUCUAACAACAACAAAAACAAGUUUACGCUGGCAACAAGAGGCUCGCUUUUUCCAUUUCUCCUUUUUUUUAAAGUUUUAGUUUAAAAACUUACAGGGAGUUGGUAAGGGUUGACUUUUAGCCUCUAGACUCAAGGGUAAAAAAGGUCGCGGUAUAAGGCAGCUUUAUCACUAUACUGAGGGUGAUUUGUAUAUAAGUGUUACCUUUAUUAAAAGUCUAAAUCUA